AUGUCCGUCGCCGUCCCCACCGACUACAACAAGGUCCUCUACCAGCCUCUCGCUGAGGCUGACCCCGAGGUUCAGCAGAUUAUCGAGAAUGAGACAUACCGUCAGUUCUCUGGUCUCGAGCUCAUCGCUUCCGAGAACUUGACCUCGCUCGCCACCAUGGAGGCCAACGGUUCCAUCCUCACCAACAAGUACUCCGAGGGUCUUCCCGGCGCUCGAUACUACGGUGGUAACGAGUACAUCGACCAGCUCGAGGUGCUCUGCCAGCAGCGUGCCCUCAAGGCCUUCAACCUUGACCCUAAGGUCUGGGGCGUCAACGUCCAGCCUUACUCUGGCUCCACCGCCAACUUUGCCACCUUUACCGCCCUCCUCCAGCCCCAGGACCGUAUCAUGGGUCUUGGCUUGCCCUCGGGUGGUCACCUUACCCACGGGUACUACACCGCCAAGAAGAAGAUCUCGGCCUCCUCGAUCUACUUCCAGUCGUUCCCCUACAACGUCGACCCCGCCACCGGCUACAUCAACUACGACGAGCUCAAGAAGAACGCUGACCUCUUCAAGCCCCGCAUGGUCAUCUGCGGUGGCUCCGCCUACCCGCGUGACUGGGACUACGCCAAGCUCGCCGAGGUCGCCAAGACUCAGUCUGCUUACCUCAUGGCCGACAUUGCCCACAUCUCUGGUCUCGUCGCUGCUCAGGUGCAGAACAACCCCUUCGAGUACUGCGACAUUGUCACCACCACCACCCACAAGACCCUCCGUGGUCCCCGUGCCGGUAUGAUCUUCUUCCGCAAGGACCGCGACGCCGAGAUCGAGGGCCGCGUCAACGCCGCCGUCUUCCCCGCCUGCCAGGGUGGCCCCCACAACAACACCAUCGCCGGUAUCGCCGUUGCGCUCAAGCAGGUCGCCGACCCCGCCUUCAAGGAGUACGCCACCGCCGUCAUCAAGAACUCGCAGGCCAUCGCCAAGGUUCUCUCCGGCAAGGGCUACAAGCUCCAGACCGAUGGCUCCGAGAACCACCUCAUCCUCUGGGACCUGCGCCCUCUCGGCCUCACCGGCUCCAAGGUCGAGAACAUUUGCGAUCUCGCCCACAUCACCCUCAACAAGAACGCCGUGAGCGGUGACACCUCGGCCCUCGUGCCCGGUGGUGUUCGAAUCGGCACCGGUGCCCUCACCUCGCGAUCCAUGGGCGAGAAGGACAUGGAGAAGGUCGCCGAGUUCCUCGACCGCGUUGUACAGAUCUCGCUCGACAUCCAGAAGACUUCGGGCAAGAAGCUCGUCGACUUCAUGAACGCUGCUCGCCAGUCGGACGCCGUCAAGCAGCUCAACAAGGACGUUGAGGCCUUCGCCACCAGCUUCCCUCUGCCCGGUGUUCCCGACACUUCGGUCAUCAAGAAGCCCGCUGGUCACUAA